AUGGCUUCCAAACAACCCGCUCUGGACUUCUUGUCAUUUGUCAAUGCUGCUCCAACCCCUUUCCAUGCCGUCCAUGAAGCCAAGAAGCUUCUGACCCAGGCUGGAUUCCAGGAGAUUAAGGAGAAAGACUCAUGGGCAUCGACCUGCAAGCCGGGGGGUAAGUACUACUUGACUCGCAACACCACCACCCUCGUGGCUUUUGCGAUUGGCAAGAAAUGGCAGCCCGGUAACUCGAUCUCUAUGAUCGGUGCCCACACCGACUCUCCAGUGUUGAGGGUCAAGCCCGUGAGCAAGAAGAGCGGGGAAGGGUUCGUGCAGGUCGGUGUUGAGGCCUACGGUGGUGGCAUCUGGCACACCUGGUUUGAUCGUGAUCUCGGUGUGGCUGGCCGGGUGAUGACUCGGGCAAGUGAUGGAUCUAUUGUCCAGAAGCUGGUUAAAAUCGAUCGCCCCAUCCUCCGUAUCCCCACUCUGGCCAUCCAUUUGGACCGCCAGGAAACCUUCUCUUUCAACAAGGAAACCCAGCUGUUUCCCAUUGCUGGCUUGAUUGCUGAAGAGCUCAACCGCUCUGAAGAGGUCAGAACUCCUGAAACCGACAGGGAUACUGAUCUCUCGCCAUUGAAGUCAAUGACUGAGCGUCAUCACUCUCACUUUAUUGAGCUUAUUGCUACCGAGGCCGGCGUCAACCCCACCGACAUUUUGGACUUUGAAAUGAUCCUCUUCGACACUCACAAGUCCUGCCUCGGCGGUAUGCGGGAAGAGUUCAUCUUUUCUCCUCGCCUGGACAACCUGAACAGCACUUUCUGCGCCACCGUCGGUCUGAUUGAUUCCGUUGCCGACAGCUCAGCUCUUGAGAACGAGGACGCAAUUCGCCUGAUUGCCUUGUUUGACCACGAGGAAAUUGGCAGCCGCACAGCACAAGGUGCCGAUUCCAACAUUCUCCCGUCAAUCAUUCGCCGUCUGUCCGUUCUCCCAUCCACCUCCUCAAAGGAUGCUGAUCUGUCUACUGCUUACGAGCAGACUUUGUCCACCUCGUUCCUUGUCUCUGCCGAUAUGGCUCACUCAGUUAACCCUAACUACUCGGGCAAGUAUGAGCCAGAUCACAAGCCGGAGAUCAACAAGGGCCCCGUGAUCAAGAUCAACGCCAACGCCCGCUAUGCCACCAACUCUCCCGGCAUUGUCCUUUUGGAAGAAAUCGCGCGCAAGACCGCCAAGGAGACCGACCACCACGUUCCUCUGCAGCUGUUUGUUGUCCGUAAUGACUCGAGCUGUGGUAGUACCAUCGGUCCUAUGCUGUCUGCUGCGCUCGGUGCACGCACCUUGGAUCUGGGUAACCCCCAGCUGAGCAUGCACAGCAUCCGUGAGACUGGAGGUACUCAUGAUGUUGCCCAUGCCAUUCGUCUCUUCACUGGCUUUUUCAAGCAUUACUCAGAGCUGUCGAAGACCAUUCUUGUGGAUUAA